CAGUGGUGAAGUGUAAAUUAACUCAGCUUCUCUAAAUUAGCCUACUGGGGGCGGAUCUGUUAGACUUCCUCUGUUUAAUGCUUUCGCUCGUAAAACAAACGACGCACUGCUAAAAAACUGUUUUAGUUGAACGUAAAGAGAAAUCAGUAGUGGGUGACCGAGUCACAGUGAUCAUCUGCAUUUAGCCUACACGAAGAGAUGAGUGUUUGUUCAACACACAGCUGUGAUGAAGACAUGGACGAGCUCGAGUCAAUCAGUUGGUAUCAUUAUGAUUUGUCCCGGCAUGCGGCUGAAGCUCUUCUCCUUUCAAAUGGGGUAGAUGGGAAUUUUCUUCUUCGAAACAGCAACCAAGGAGCCGACUGCUUCGCUCUGUCUGUCCGAGCAAAGGAUUCAGUCAAACACUUCCACGUCCGGCGGCACAUGGGCAGAUAUUCCUUUGGCUUCAAUGAAUUUUCCUGUCUUCAGGAUUUCACUAGACAUGUUGCCAAUCAGCCCCUGCUAGGCAGUGAGACAGGAAACCUUAUUGUGGUGCGAUUCCCAUACCCACGGCAGGUGGAGGAACCAUCUAUUUAUGAAACCGUGUGUGUGCACACGGCCAUGCAGACGGGGCGGCACGAAAAUGACUUGGUGCCUAAUGCUCCAUCGCUUGGCACUAAAGAGGGUUAUCUUGUGAAACAAGGAGCCAUCAUUAAGAACUGGAAGCAGAGAUGGUUCACACUGAAUAGAUAUGAACUCAAGUAUUUUAAGGACAAAAUGUUUGCAGAGCCAAUUCGAACCCUAGAUCUGACAGAGUGCUCUGCAAUCCAGUUUGAUUACAGUCAGGAAAGAGUCAACUGCUUCUGUAUGGUGUUCCCUGAGAGGACAUUUUAUCUGUGUGCAAAAUCAGGUACCGAGGCUGAUGAAUGGAUAAAGAUAAUACGAUGGAAACUGUCACAGAUAAAGAAAGGUCGAUGAUGGUAACAUGGAGAACAAAAGCAUUUGACCAAAUGAAAGCUGUGCCGUUUUAUAUGAAUUAUUACACCUGCAAUUAUUAACUAUGCACAUCUGACGGUCUGUGACUUUGGUUACAUGGUCAUGCAUUGAAGAUUGUUCAUGAAAGACAAGUUCAAUGCUAACAUGUUUAUAUGGAAAGUCUGAAGACAGUGCACCUCCAACAUCAGAUAUAUAAUUACAAAGUAGUAUUUUUUUUUUUACUUAUUUUGCUCUUCUGUAAGCCGAACCAAAAGAGAGAAUGUGCUUUGAAACAUCAUGUGUUCUCCCAAACAUGUGUAAAUGUACACUCUGCCACCAGUAAGGUGUACAAUAUACUGACCUUUGAUCCAUGAAAGCUUUUAGUUUCGCCUCUUAUCAAAGCCAUUUGUAGUGUGACGUGUGAAUUGACAGUUAACAUUGUGUUA